UCGGCGACACCUGUGUAUAAAAACUACGUUGUGAGUGACGUCUUGUGUGGAUUUUACUAGAAAAUUGUCCGCAGUUUUCUCCAAUUCAGAUUUCUGUAUCUUCAUAAUAUUAUCGCAAUUAUUGACUGACGCGGAAUUAGAGUGCGCAAUACUUAAAUUAGUGUGCAGCUUGUUGUGACUUGUGAAAAAAUCAUCACAUGCUAUCAAAAAGGUAGAAUGAAUCUGGAUGAAUAUCGCAAACAUGGAAAGGAAAUGGUGGAUUACAUCGCUGAUUACUUGGAGAAUAUCCGUUCUCGGCGCGUAUAUCCAGCAGUCUCACCGGGAUACUUAAGAAAUGUCCUGCCGACGUCGGCCCCGGUCGACGGCGAACGCUGGGAGGAUAUAUUCGCCGACAUUGAGAAAUGCAUUAUGCCGGGUGUGACGCAUUGGCAGAGUCCACACAUGCACGCUUACUUCCCAGCCCUGAAUUCACCUGCCAGUCUGCUAGGCGACAUGCUGGCUGAUGCUAUAAACUGUUUGGGUUUCACGUGGGCUUCCAGCCCGGCGUGUACCGAAUUGGAAACAAUUGUUAUGAAUUGGUUGGGCAAAAUGAUCGGCCUUCCCGAAGAUUUUCUGCAUUAUCCAGGUAGCUCCGGCGGCGGUGGUGUUAUUCAAACAACAGCAUCAGAAGCUACGUUGGUGUGCUUGCUGGCAGCUAGAACUCGGGCUAUCAGGGAUGUGCAGGAAAACGAUCCUGAGUGUUUGGCGACAGAAAUCAAUUCGCGACUAGUCGCUUACUGCUCAGAUCAGGCACAUUCAAGCGUAGAAAAAGCUGGACUUAUAGGUUUGGUUCGAAUGCGAUACAUCGAAUCCGACAGUGAAUUAAGCAUGAGAGGAGAUGCUUUACUCGAAGCAUUAACUCGCGAUCGCGCUGAAGGUCUACUUCCUUUCUUCGUAUGUGCAACUUUAGGCACUACUGGUGCUUGCGCUUUCGAUAACCUCAAAGAAAUUGGACCGAUAUGUCAAAAGAACAGUUUAUGGUUGCAUAUUGAUGCAGCCUAUGCAGGCAGUGCUUUCGUAUGUCCUGAAUUUCGUGGUUGGCUUCAAGGAGUCGAGCACGCCGACUCAAUUGCUUUUAAUCCAAGUAAAUGGCUCAUGGUCCACUUCGAUUGUACAGCUAUGUGGGUGAAAAACAGCCAGGCGUUACACAGAACCUUUAAUGUGGAUCCGCUGUAUUUGAAGCAUGAAAAUACAGGUCUUGCAAUUGAUUACAUGCACUGGCAGAUUCCUCUAUCAAAAAGAUUUCGGGCACUAAAACUAUGGUUCGUUAUCAGGAAUUAUGGAAUUACUGGUUUGCAGAAACAUAUACGAGAAGGCGUGAGGUUAGCACAAAAAUUUGAAGCUUUAGUCCUGGCCGAUGCUCGUUUUGAAAUUCCUGCUUCGAGGCAUUUGGGUAUGGUAGUUUUUCGUCUUCGUGGUGAGAACACUUUAACAGAACGUUUGCUGAAGAAGCUUAAUUCACGGGGUCGAUUGCAUUGUGUGCCAGCCGCCUUACACGAAAAAUAUGUCAUCAGAUUUACGGUCACUUCGACAAAUACCACGAAUGAAGACAUUGUAAAGGAUUGGGCAGAAAUACGAAAUACUGCAAAUGAAAUAUUAGGUGAUACCUCCGCACCUAUAGCUAGAGCUAGAGUUCCUCUCGCAGACACACGGCAGAAGAAUGAGAAUUUUGGAUCAAGUUUGCUAUUGGCAAAUUCGCCGAUGUCGCCGAAAAUUGUGAACGGUAGUUUCGCCGCCAUAUAUGACACGGCUGACGUAUUUGAGGAAUGUAUGAAGACUUUUGGGAAAAUUCAUCUUGAGGCAAGAGAUAGUCCGGCCAUGCGUCGUCGUAUUCGCGGAAUACUAAUGUCAGGCAAACAAUUUUCUUUGGAUUCUCGUAUGGAUCUUGUUCAGGGAUAUGUUUGCAGCCGUCCACUCUCGGAUCCUCCUACCGAGUUACCAUUAAUGAAAGAGGAUGAAGAUACCGCGGCAUAUGAGUCAAUGUCUGAUAUCGAUAAACUGGAUGAAAUCGAUAAUGACGAGUCAUUUGAUAACUCUGAAACGAGCAAGAGGAAAGUAUCUAUUUCAAAGACUGGUUCGAAUUACGCAGUAGUAAACGGUUCAAUCGUCAAUAUCGAUACUGAGGACAAUGGCGAUAACACGGUGACCAUUGCGGCGGCUGAUGUAGGCUUCCCCAGAAGUGAAACUAUAGCUGCUUUCGGCCAUCGGCCGUAUACAGGCGAUUUGGAGCCUGUACGAAUUUUGAGGGAGAAGUUGAUGAAAGGACAGAGAAACGAAGGAAACGACGACAACGGGGACUUCUGCAGGAAAUGUGGUCACUACUCCAAACGUCAGUAAUUAAUCUAGAUGCAUUACGUAUUCUUCAUACGUUAAAGACCGCUCUUAUCUGCACUCGAAACCGUUUUUGCAUUCGUAAUCUGAUGAUUUAAAAUUAUUUUGCCGAUAAAUUGUUAGCUUGAUAUUAAAUAUGAAAUAUUCAUAUCACCUUGCUAAAUAAAUUUCAAAAAUCGAGAGAAUCGUAGAAUAAUGCGAGAUUAAUUUUCUCUUCCUUUGAGAUUUUUAAGAUUUUAAGAAUAGAAAAACUUUGAAUAUAGCAUGUUUUACAAUUCUUUUAAAAAUAAAAUGUUUUUAAAUAACAAAAUAAAAAUUGCCAAAGGUUACAUAAGUAGAUGUAGAUUUCUUUUGUUAAAAUUUCUAAUUAAUUAAAAAAUAUAUAUAUAUUUAAAUUUCUUUUAUUAAGAUGAUUAAAUUUUUAGAAGUUAAACUGUUAAAGUUAUACACGCAAAUGUACUCAGAAAAAUGUGCAAAGGGUGGCGUAUAAAAAUAAUCAUUGCUUUAUGUUUAUGUAGUUUUUGCUGUUAAUUAAAAUUGUAGUAAAAAUAAAGGCGUAGAGUGCAAUAUAUUUGUAACAAACGUAUGAAAUCAAAUAAAUGCACAACAUGACAAAGUA